AUGACUGUGAGCAAGUUCAGAAAAUGCCGCUUCGGCGGGCUUGUAGAAUCAGCUCGGAUGCCAUCAAUUGAUGCAGCAUCGUUUGCACGCUUGCAGGCGGAUAAGAAGCUGGCACCGGUCUUCAAACUGAAACGUGUGAGAUAUGUAAUGGAAGCUGCAGAAGUUCUCACUCGAACAAGCGAUCUCUGGCUGACUCCCAAGUUUCUAUCCAAUAUUCUUGAACUCCUACAUAUUCGUGAUGAAUCUGGUAUGCAAAUCGUUGUGUACCCUUUAUUAUAUUUCGUUCUUUGCGGUCUCGUCCCUUCUUAUGUUAUUAUGUUCAAUCCACCACGGGUACAAGCAGAUGUUGUAGGAUGGGCGAAAUUGUGCAGCUCCAACCCUCCCAGCCUUUCAUAUCUCGCCGAUGCAGGCUCCAUUGUUGUCGGCGUCAUCAUUCCCGCGUACAACGAGACAUACCGUCUCCCGUACAUGCUCGAAACCAUACUUGAUUACCUUAACUCUCUCCUUCCAUCCCCUAGACACACAUAUAGGGGCUCAUCAUUAGCGACGACGACUCAAAAGAUCACUCAUUCGCGCUUGCACUAA